CGCAGGCGCACUGUAAAAUAAAAAAUAAAAAAAAUAAGACAGCUAUCUGUGAUCAGAGAUGGCGGGCGCCUCCGACCCCCUGGAAGAUAUGCUCUUUUCAGAGGUGGAUGAAAAAGCUGUAAGCGACCUAGUGGGCUCAUUGGAGUCACAGCUUGCUGGCCAAAGCAACUCAGCAGGUAAAGCAGACGAAAACGGAGGCGCUGGCUCAGUGGCCCCCGCUAACCAUCACUUAGGAAAAACGCUACCAGCUCCAGUGGGCACCACAACACUAGAACAACAACAACAAGGACGGCGAUAUAAACCUGAGAUGCGCCAAGAGAUCAACUCUAAAGACGUCAGCCUGGAUAAAACUGUCACAUCUCCCUCUCUGGGCUGCAGCCCUUCUUUUGGCGAGCCCUCCGCCACUUCGGCUGCCCGUGUGAACGCCACUAGCAGCGGUUCGCAAUCACAUGGAGCAUCCAUCACAACACUGACUGCAUCUGGUGUGUCAACUUUGGCAUCCUCGGCAGCCAGCAGCAUCAGCACCGCCGCCAGCCGGGUGUCUAAGGUGAGCCCGGGAACAGGUGAGACGUCGACGGAAGCUAACCCGCCGAGAAAACGCUUCACCACCCCGCGGAGGAGCGCUUCGGUUCGGAUAAAGAGUUUGAACGGCGCAGCUGUAACGACGAGACGGAACAGCAACACAGCGGUGGCUGAGAACGUUAGCUGUGUGGAUACUAGUGCAACUACACCAAACUCUGCUCGACCGGCCACAUCCUCUAUUAACACUUCGACUUUCACCCUAUCAAACGCUAACCUCCCUGUAGGUCAGUCGGCUAUUGCUCUCGACCGGGGGACCCCCACCAUCGCUUUGCAUAGACUCCCGAGUCAUAUUGUAGCGAGCAUAGCCCAGAACGGCAACGGGACCAGUGUUUCGGCCUUGGUCCAGCAGGGCGCUCGCAUAGGACCCAUCACCUCCACAGCUCCACAGGGAAACCACAGCAAAACAGUCACAGAAACUGGGGCUUCCAAAACAGACGAUUGUCAGUCCAAAAUUGUAAUGUCAAGCCAGUCUGGUACUGUCAACUCUGUAAUAAACACUGUUCCCUCUGCGCCUUCUGUUGUCACACCAACAACAACUACAGCAGCAGCAGCAGCUACAACAACCACAACAGUAACUCAGCCUGUGAGCUCUGCUACAGCUGCUGUCUGUGUUACAGGGGUGGCAGCGAGUUCUGCAUGUGGAACUGGUCUAACUACAUCAGUGACCACCACUAUAAGCAUGGUCAGACCCACAGCCCCCUCUCCGACACCUGCUGUGGCCACCUCUGCACAGUCUCAACCCCGUCCUGGACUUGCAGCACCUCAAAGGAUCGUAGCCCCCCAGCUGAUUGUCAGACCGCCUCAGCAGCAGACGACCAUUCAGCUGCCCCCUGGGUUUACCAUCCCACCGGGGAUGGUGUUGGUACGCACAGAGCUGGGCCAGCUGGUGAUGGUUCCUCAGCAGGCCUUGGCUCAAGCUCAGGCUCAAGCUCAGGCUCAGGCCCAAAACAACAUCUCUCCACGACCUGCCACCCCCACAACAGGAGCAUCCUUCCGAGUAACAACUCCUCAGAAGGGCCCCGUGGCGCCGGCCGUGGCAGUGACGGCUCCGCAGCAGACCCCCGUGGUUAUGGCCCCCCAGGCCCCGGCCCAGCCUGCCUCCCAGCCAGUGCAGCCUCCGCAGACGGGCAUCACCGCGAACCCCGGAGGUCCUGUCGUGUCCCAGGAAAUGCAAGAGAAUGUCAAGAAGUGUAAGAAUUUCCUGGCCACACUUAUCAAACUGGCAUCUCACAACUCUCCGUCCCCCGAGACCUCCAAGAACGUCAAGUCUCUGGUUCAGGACCUGCUGGAUGCGAAGAUUGAACCGGAAGAGUUCACCAGCCGGCUGCAGACUGAGCUCAAGUCGUCUCCACAGCCUUACCUGGUGCCCUUUCUCAAGAAGAGCCUCCCGGCCCUGAGGCUAUCUUUGCUGAAUAGUCAGCAGUCCCCGACCCCGUCCCCGCAGCAGGGAGUCAAACCAGCACCCGGCGGCCCCCCUCCUGCCAUCGUGGCUGGGCCAGCUGUCCGGAUACGCCACCCUAACAGCGUCAGCAUCACUACGGGUGCCAGUGCGCUGCCCGCUGGGACGCUCGGACAUGCAGCUGGCACGGGUAUAAAGAUAGCAGGCGCUGUAGGUGGCCAGGUCCGGAUGCCCGUGGUGAUCACACAGUCUGUCAGAGCGCAAGGCACAAUGGGGAAGGGAGGCUUCAUCCAAGCAGGCAAAAGUCCCGUGGGCCUGGCUGUUCAGAUCUCUGGGAAUCAGAAAAACAAGCUCAACGACCCCGGAGGAGGUUCUUUCAGGGAUGAUGAUGACAUCAAUGAUGUGGCCUCCAUGGCCGGGGUGAACCUGAAUGAGGAGAGUGCAAGAAUACUCGCCACCAACUCUGAACUAGUGGGAACGCAGAUCCGCUCAUGUAAAGACGAGGCCUUUCUCCACCCGGGGUUGCUCCAUCGACGAAUUUUGGAAACAGCUAAGAAGUUUGGAGUCACAGAGGUCCCUAUGGAGGCGGUGACAUUCAUCUCACAUGCCACACAGUCUCGACUUCGAACUGUGGUAGAAAAGGUUUCAACCAUCGCACAGCACCGACUGGACUCCUGUAAGGAUGACGAGUGCUACGAGCAGUCUGCAGACGUUCGCUCUCAGCUUCGCUUCUUCGAGCAGCUGGAGAGAAUGGAGAAGCAGAGGAAGGACGAGCAGGAGAGAGAGAUCCUGUUGAAAGCCGCUAAAAGUCGCUCCAGGCAAGAGGACCCAGAGCAAGCUCGACUGAAACAGAAAGCUAAGGAGAUGCAACAACAGGAACUGGCACAGAUGAGGCAGCGAGAUGCCAACCUAACAGCACUAGCCGCCAUUGGACCCCGCAAAAAACGUAAAGUGGAUUCACCAGGGACCACCCCAUCAGGGACAGAGGUUUCAGGCAGCACGGCGGGCUCCCUGGCCAGCUCCUCCACCCCGUCCACCUCAUCGCGGCAGUACACGCGGCAACGCAUCACUCGCGUCAACCUCAGGGACUUAAUUUUCUACAUGGAGCAGGAGAGAGAGACCGCCCACUCCCUCCUCCUCUACCGUGCCCUGCUCAAGUAGCCUCUGCUCUGCUCAGCGCCCACCUCAACCUCCUCCUCCUUCUCCUUCCCAGCCACGUGCCUUCAGAUCAGGUCUAAUGUUUCAGCUCUGUGUCUCCAUAUGUACUGUAGUGCGUUUGAUGUAGCUUUUAAUAGGAAGAGAGAGAGAGAGAGAGAGAAUAAGGAAAAAAAAACGUAUAAAAAUAAAACUGUCGUUCCGUGUCUUCUCCGUUUAGAUUCACGGUUUGUAGUUAGUUCGUUGAGUUUAAAGGCCAUAACAAAUUCUUUGUGUUGAAUUUGAAUUUGUUCAAGGAACAAAGCAGUUUUCGUGUCACAGAACUUGACCCAGAACUCGUUCUGCGUAUGUUGGGUAGCUAUUUAUUUCACGUUGUUGCAGUAGAUUCAAUGAACCACCUCAAAGUAAGGAUUAUUUUCGCAAAGAGAAUUAUGUUCACACCUCAAUACAGCCUAUAAUAUUCUCCACGAGCUAUUUGUUGAACAUAGUUCAAUGAAUGUAGUUUAGCUGAACUCAAUAAAUGAGAGACUUUACUGAUUUCUAUACGAAGACAUCAUUUUGAAAUAUUAGGAUUCCAAAUAACAGCAUCACGUUCAGUUUCCUUACUGUAUGUGUAAAUAGUUCUUAUUGAAUUAUUUUACAGCAUGUAUAUUUUUACCACAUGUAAGCUUUGUAAGAAAAGGAAUAACCCAUGUGUCAAUGUUAUGAAACCUGAUGUUUCAAAGCCACAUGCUUUGAAUGAGUCAGAAUUAGAAAGUUUAUUACGCUACACCUGUAGAAUAUUUGUUCUAAGACGUGAGUCCCCAUGACCUUUCUGCAAAGGUCACACAAACUGUUACACAAAAGUCAUGGUCGCACUAUAACGCUAGUUUCUAAUUGGUCAUCCUUGUCAGUAUAUUUUUUUUACCCACACAUAAUGUGAAAAUUGUUUUAAUGACUAGAUGUUUGUAAGUUGUGUACUAUGAUGCUCACUUCUUCAAAAGCUUGAGAAAGUAAGUUAUAUUGUAGGUGGGGCGGUAACUGGGGAGACUGAAACCUCGGAUCAAAACAGACAUUCCUUCAUCUUUUCCUCUCACUGUCCUAUCUACAAAUUAAUUAAUUUUGUUUGAAAAAAAAAUCACAUUUUCUCAAUUCAAUUUUGCUUUUGGGCCCCUUCAGCCCCCACCUACUUUGACUGAAUGACAAAAGCACUUACGCCUAUUUAAAUUUUGAUUCUAAAGUAAAUAAUAAAGCUGUAAAGUAAUGUUUAACUGUAGAAGGAAGCAGUUGAUUCCAGCAUAAAGUGGAUUUAUUUUUUCCCCAUUUUGUUUCUGUCUCUAUAUUACUGAUCGAAGAGAGAAAUGGGGCAAAAUGCCUACUUUUUACAUGUUGUAUUGCAUUGUCGCCUUUCUUUUCUUUAUUUUUUUUUAAUCCUCAUUUUAUUAUGUGAUAUUGUCCACUGUAUUUUUAUGUUUUUAAUUUUCUAUUUAACUAAAUAUCUUGGCCUCUAUGCAGCUUUUCUUGUCAUAUUGAAAUUUAUUUAAAUAUUGGUGACAUUUGGAACAAUAGUUGUGCAUUGUACAUUUUGACAGCACUUUUUUUUAUAUCUAUUUUACCUGACAACUGAAAGCUGUCACUGUAUUAUAGCAAAGAAAUGACUCUUUUAAGUAGUAAACAGUAUUGCCAACUUCUGUCAAAAGACAGUUAUUUUUAACAAUUAAUAUAUUUUCUUUUUUUUCUCUUUUGUUUUGGAUUGGCUUUUAUGCUUAACACAUUUUCAUAAAUUUUAUCUCCAAAAAUACCAUGUUUUAAAAACAAGCACAACAGUAUCUAUUAUGGUGAUUUCAAAUGAUUUUAUUAGUGAUUUCUAUGGUUUCUGGUGGUUUCACAGGAGGACAUUUCUACUACUAUUACAGCUUUUUAGCCAAAAUAUUAGGACAAUAUUACUUAUGUAAACAGACGGGGGAAACAUUUCAAUGUAAGGAUGAUUUGUAAAUAUUGUUUACAAAACUAUGUGUUUAUUAGAACCACGUUAUUUUUGGUAAACUCUUGUACAUAUCUUGAAAAUUUCCUGUUUGUGUGAAAAAAACAAUACUUAUGUAUUUGUACCUAUUUUGUAAAGGAAUAAAUAAGCUGUUUACUAAACUGAGCAGAUGCUGA